GCCCAUCAAGGCCUUCCUCUUUUUCCUUCUCCCUCUCCCUCCCUCGCUCUCUCCAUGGGUUUUCCCUCUCUAGAUCUCCCACAGACGCAGAGGGUCGUCUUCCUCAUCGAUCUCCAACCUCUCUCCCAGCUCCCAGAUCGCGAUCUUUACGUCUCUGCGAUCCUCAAAUGCGCCGACCGUUUCCUCUCCCACCCUCCUCUCUCUGACUCCCUGUUCGCCUUCCGGCUCUUCUUCUCCUCCCUCAACCCUCUCCUCCCCACCACCCAAGUCGAGCGCCUGCUUGGCAGCUCCUUUUCGUCCACCAUUUCCUUCGAACGGCCCUCUGACGUUGCGCGGUCCCUCGAAUCUGCGCUUAGAUCGGUCGCUUCUGGGACGUCGUCUCCAAGCCGUGCUGCGUUUGUAGCAGGAUCUCUUCAGCAGCUCCUCCUGGACUAUGCUUGGGAGACUGCACUCCCUGAUCUGCAAGGUACGGAUGAUGCUGCCGAUUCUUGUUCUGGAUUUCCCCCAAAUCUGAUCCUUUUGUUCACGGUGGCACCAAGGACUAAGGAAUUUCUCUAUCGGUACUUUAACUUUGAAAUUGACUCCAGAAAUGAUUGCGAAGAUUGGUUUUCCAACAAAUUUAUUGAAACUUUUGGUGGCGUUCGCGAGAAAUUUAAGGCUGUGGGCGCGAAUGUGUGUUGGGUGGAUGUUGGUUUUCCCAGCGAAAGCCAGAACGAAGAGAGAGAUGGAAAAAUACUGGGUGUCCUGGAGAGGGGGAUUAAGGAUUUAGGUUGGGGUUUUGUAUCCUGUGAUGCUAUUGUUUUGGGUUCUUUGGUUGUUCCGUUCGGAUUGAUUUGGCCAAUCGUUGCUUGUCCAACGGGGUUCAGUGGUCGCCGUUGUGGGACUGCGGAAUUCAACCUUGAGGUUGCAGAUGCGAACGGUAAGCCGUUGAAAUGCAGACUGUGUGAUCUUGAAAUUGUUAAUUUGAAGUUUCCUACCGAUCACCUCGAUCAUUCUUUAAGUAAACCUUCUCCAGAACCAGAGCUUCAAAACUGCAACCCGCAGGAUUUCUGGAAAAGAUUUGAUAAUACGGGUGUUAAGAUGCAUGUGGACGAGGUUAGGGCAAAAGAUCAGCUUGCCGUCAUGAGAGCGAGGACGGGGAAUUUUGUUUUCCUCCGUGGCUUCUCUAGGAAGCAUGAAGACGUAUCCAAGAGAAAGAGAUCGAAGAAGAAGUCUCGUACGGCCCCGUCGAUAGCAGAUGUGGUUCUUGAGCGGCUAAGAUGGAAGGAGAAUGAAUUUAUAGCGGGAAAUCCUGAAUGGCAGCUGCUUCUAACUUUUCUUUACAAGAGAUUUAGUGUGGCGAUAGUAUCAUUUUCUGAUUUGAAUGGAUGUUCUGUUACGGGUAUUUUGGAACCCUUUACUGUUCAUACGGCGAUUCUUCAGAUUCUGGAUGACGGGCAGAUCAUGGAUGGCUGUUCUCAAGAAUGGCUUGGUGGAAUUUCGAUUAGUUCACACAAAUCAGGUGGGGUUUCUGGUGAUUCAUUUUCUAACAAAAGAAGCAGUGGCUUCAAGGAAAGAGCAGAACGGAAGGAUGCGAAUUCUAGUGCUGUUACUGACCUUACAUGGGAUGCGCUUUAUACAUCUGUUCUCUGCAAUUAUUCUGGGGCAGAAGGUAGCAUGGUUCCUGCCAUGGAUUUGCAGUCACUAUGCCUGCAUGGCGGUUUCAACGUUCCUAAGAGGUUGACCUUUUUGAAGUGCUGGAUGAAGCAAAAGAAGAAACCAAAAGGUCAUCAGAAGGCUGAACUAAGCAGAGGAGAACUGAAGGUGGACUUCGAAGAUAGAAUGGAAGAUAUGCUUUUAAGUUCGCAACAAUCUUGUCAGUCAGUCACAAACUUGGUGCAAGAAGGUCAAAACUUUUCUUCUUCUUGCCAAUCGGUUGGGGAGAACUUGAAUGAUGAGCACAUUAAACAUGAACCUCCCGCUUCCUGUCUCGAUGAUUCUGAUGCAUUCUUUUCCAGCAUUUGGCAAAAAAUUGACCAUGGACUAUGCAACAUGGAGGUGGAUUUGGCAUCUCUGGCUGAGCGCUUAGUCGACUUGUCCAUCAAACACGUGCCAGCUAAGCAUGAUGGCAACGACACUCACGAGAAAAGUACCUCAUCGAAUUGCGACUCUCAGACUUCACAGAUUGCUUGCGAUAUAUCGGUUUUUGUUGACGUGGCAAAGCUUUUACUAAGAAAGCCAAAAGAAUUAGCAGCAAAGUACAAAAGGUUACUUGCUCCGUCCAUGAGUGAGCCAUCCAAUUCUAACUUAGUCUCUGAUCUCAUAUCCGAGGCCACUAUCUCAGAAAUCAAAGUCAGAGAGCAUCAACUCCAGGUGCUAUUUCGAAUGGAGAUACUCAAGGCGACAGUUGAAGUUUGCAGCAAAGAUGAAAUAGAAGAUAAAUGGGUGAAAGAAAUAUGUUUCUUGCUUCACAACAUUGAGUUUGACCUGCAAGGAGGAAUAUUUGGUGGUGUCACACUUCUCGAGUUCACUGACAGUACCGUAAAAUCCAGGUAUGCAAAUAUUCUAGAAGGUGUCAUACACAAGAUUUACACAGAAAUGGAGUUCUUGUCAUUUGACAGUGUUCCCAGUGGAUCGAAUGACAGCGAUUCAAACCAAGCAGCCAAUGAUAUCAUUGAUCCUCGAGAUCAAGUUUCUGGAGCAGCAUAUGACAAUGAAAACAGAGUAGCGAUGGAUAGCAGUGGAUGCAUUUCUCAUUCUCUGCAUCGUCUGGAAGGAGCAUGCAGUACUGGAGAGAAACAUCAAAACGAAUUGUACGAGAAGCAAUUAAAGAAAGCCCUAAAGAGCAGAGAACAAGCUCAAAAAUGCUCAUUCUUCAAUAAACGAUUGCCAGACCUGCAGAGAGUCUGGGCACCCAAGCAUCUGGGAAAGGUGAACACGAGGCCCAUAACAAAACAUGAUAGGAAGAAGCAUGCUAGGGAAACAGCUGACGUAGUAUAUGAGACACCGGCACUAGCAACUAGAAAGAAUAGACGGUUGCAUGCAAGCAGAGGUGGUGAACAUGCAGAAACUUCAAGCUUCAGAUCUGUUUCAAAGGUGUUAUUUCCAAGCUUUGAAAGCAUAGAGAUCUCCUCCGAAUCUGGUUGCCAAAAAUAGCGUCUUACUGGUGCAGACUGCAUCUGGUGUUUGAUGGCACAAAUACGCUGAACCCAGAAGCCCGUAAAGCCGAAAGUAUGAAAGUUCAGUUUGUAAUGAGCAACACCGCCUACAUGCCGGUGUCUGCUUGGUGACUGAGAUCAGCCAUGCAAAGGACCAUUUAAGCAUGACAACCUUCCCUCUCUCAUAUGUAUUUGACAGAAGAAUUUGCGAUCUUUUACAUCUCUAAGCUGGAAAUUCCUGAAGCAUGCUUGUGAGGCGUCUUAAUUGAAUGGAUGGAGCUUAUUUACCUUGAAGCGUAAAAGAAGGCAAAUCAGAUUGGUGCAACUUCAAGUUGGCAUGAGACUAUAUUGUAAAAAGUGCUAAGUGAACUGGAUGAGUCAGAUCCAUGUUUAUCCGUGGACAUACUAUGAGCACAUCGUGAUUCUGUAACAAUAAGGACGGCUGUAUUUUUAAAUAAAACCUUUGGGAAAAUGAUACUGACCCUGUGGAAUCUUAAGAAUUGUUGCCUUUAUACAGCAUUAAAAAUGCGCUGUACCUUUAGAGUAUGUUUGACGUUGUUCCUGCAACAGGCGAAAUAAGAUGUCCUGUUAUGCUAUUAAGAACUGGUGCAGCUUUUCCAAGAGGAACAACUAUUGUUCUGGUUCGGUUUUGAUGAAAGUUGCUCCGUUCGAUUUUGUAUUCUAGGGCAAGCAUGUGAGCGUUAUCUAUUGUUUACAUUUUUGCGCAUUGUGCUGGAGCAUGCAACUGAAUAUAUGUUUUAUUGGUUCAACUUGUAAUGUUUUUUUGAUCCUUAGUUUGACUUUGGUUUUGGUUA